UCCUUCUAUUCGAAAUUCACAAAUUACCCACUUCCCCAUAAAAAGGCCACGCCUUUGUCCUCCUCCUCUCUCUCUUCCUUCUCGCCCCCAUCCCGUUUCCUCCCCUCCGCCCCAUCCAUCGCCGCCGACGCGACGCCGACCGCCUCGCGACGCAAUCUCCACGAAAUGGAGGAACCCUGUCUUUCCACACAGCUUAUUGAUGGAGAUGGCGUUUUCAAUGUAUCUGGAUUGGAGAGCUUCUUGAAGGAAGUUAAAUUGGCCGAAUGUGGGCUCUCCUAUGCUGUUGUGUCUAUAAUGGGCCCACAAAGUAGUGGAAAGAGUACACUUUUGAAUCAUCUUUUCCGCACGAAUUUUAGGGAGAUGGAUGCUUUCAGAGGAAGGUCACAGACAACCAAAGGUAUAUGGAUGGCGCACGCCAAGAAUAUUGAACCGUGCACCCUUGUAAUGGAUUUGGAAGGCACUGAUGGAAGAGAGAGGGGUGAGGAUGACACUGCCUUUGAGAAGCAAAGUGCGUUAUUUGCUUUGGCUGUUUCGGAUAUUGUGCUGAUCAAUAUGUGGUGCCAUGACAUUGGGAGAGAGCAGGCUGCGAACAAGCCUCUUUUGAAGACCGUUUUCCAGGUCAUGAUGAGAUUGUUCAGUCCCCGCAAAACAACAAUGUUAUUUGUUAUUCGUGACAAAUCAAAGACACCUCUGGAAAAUCUUGAACCUAUUUUAAGGGAAGAUAUUCAGAAGAUAUGGGACGGUGUUCCUAAACCCCAUGCCCAUAAAGAAACUCCACUCAGUGAUUUUUUCAAUGUACAAGUUGUGGCUCUUAACAGUUAUGAGGAAAAAGAAGAAUUAUUUAAGGAGCAGGUUUCCAGUUUGAGAGAUAGGUUUCAACAUUCUAUCGCUCCUGGUGGACUUGCUGGAGAUCGGCGUGGUGUUGUUCCAGCAUCAGGCUUUUCAUUUAGUUCACAGCAUUUUUGGAAGGUCAUUAAGGAGAACAAAGACCUUGAUCUACCUGCUCAUAAAGUUAUGGUGGCUACUGUCCGUUGCGAGGAAAUCGGUAAUGAAAAACUUGCCAGCUUUACAGCUGAUGAGGAAUGGCAAAAAUUUGAGGAGGCUGUUCAAAGUGACUAUGUACCGGGGUUUGGGAAGCAUAUCAGCAGCCUUCUUGAUAAAUGUUUAUCAGAGUAUGACAUGGAGGCUAUUUAUUUUGAUGAAGGCGUCAGAACGUCAAAAAGGCAACAACUUGAGUCUAAACUCUUGCAGCUUGUCAAUCCUGCAUACCAAUCUCUUCUGGGUCAUUUACGGGCUAGAACUUUAGAAGCAUUUAAGGAUUCCUUUGAGAAGGCCCUUGAAAAGGAUGGAUUUGCUGUUGCUGCUCGCCAUUCUGUCCGCAUUUUCUUGGAGAAGUUCGACAAAGGAUCUGAAGAUGCUACUAUUGAACAAGUGAACUGGGACUCCUCGAAAGUUAGGGAUAAGCUUAAGCGUGACAUCGAGGCACAUGUGGUGUCAGUCCGUGCUGCAAAACUUUCGGAACUUUGUGCCGGAUAUGAGGGGAAACUUACCAAAGCUCUGGCAGAACCUGUAGAAGCUCUUCUAGAUUCAGCCAGUGAGGAAACCUGGCCAGCUAUUAGGAAGCUUCUCCAACGUGAGACAAAAGCUGCUGUUUCAGGUCUUGAAUCUGCUAUUUCAACUUUUGAGCUCGAUGAAGCUACUGAGAAAGAACUGCUUUCGAGGCUGGAGAAUCAUGGAAGGGGUGUUGUUGAGUCAAAGGCUAAAGAAGAAGCUGCAAGGGUUUUGAUCCGUAUGAAGGACAGGUUCUCGAUGUUAUUCAGUCGUGAUGCUGACUCCAUGCCAAGAGUAUGGACAGGAAAGGAAGACAUAAAAGCAAUUACUAAAACUGCUCGUUCAGCUUCCAUGAAGUUGCUUUCUACAAUGGCUGCAAUCCGGUUGGAUGAAGACGGCGACAACAUUGAUAACACUCUUUCCCUUGCUCUAGUUGAUGCUGCGAGGCCUGGGACUACAGAUAGGAGUAUCCAGUCGCUUGAUCCACUUGCCUCCAGUUCAUGGGAAAGGGUUCCAGAGGAGAGAACUUUAAUCUCCCCUGUCCAGUGCAAAUCUCUGUGGAGACAAUUUAAGGCCGAAACUGAGUAUACCGUCACUCAAGCCAUAGCUGCUCAGGAAGCAAAUAAGAGAAACAACAACUGGCUGCCUCCUCCAUGGGCACUUGCUGCGAUGGCUGUACUUGGGUUCAAUGAGUUUAUGACAUUGCUGAGGAAUCCAUUUUACCUAGCCGUCAUGUUCGUAAUUUUCCUUGUUGGGAAAGCCCUCUGGGUUCAACUAGACAUUGCCAAUGAAUUCCGAAACGGAUUUCUUCCUGCUCUACUUUCUCUGUCCACAAAAUUUGUUCCUACAAUAAUGAACAUUCUGAAGAGACUAGCUGACGCUGGGGCAGAGCCCCCAGCCCCGCAAAGAGAGAUGGAACUUCAACCAACAAGGAAUAGUUCAAACAGCAACGUCACGUCAGCAGGAUCCUCCAGCAUAACCUCUUCAGAGAAUGGACCUGAAUAUUCCAGCCCAAUAGCCCAAUGAUCAGUUGAUCUCUAGUUUUUAGCAGAAAACUCUACCAGUUGUACCUGCAACGGCUUGAGCCUAGGAGAUUGGUGCCUUGCGGUUUUUGCACGCUUGCCCUUCCCAACCUGAUGUAUGAAAAUUACAUGGAACAGUCCAGAGAGGUUAUAUAUGGAAUUUUGGGGCUGGGAGUCGUUUGUAAGAAACAUUGUAGAAUAUAACUUUCAUCUCCUUCGUUUUUGUAAUGUCUUAUAUGAUGGUUGUAUAGAAGAUUUGUGAUUAUUUC